UGGUUUGGCAUCAGUUCGUGACUUGCUCUUCCCUACAAAGCUUCCUUUACAGCUCAGUGUAUAGUGUACGCUUCCGGUGGAUAAAGAUACAUUUUGGAAUAACUUUGAAGUUAACGAUUAAAGGACUCGCAACCUUUAAGUCACUUUUGUUUUUGUUGUUUUGUGCAUAAUGCGUGUUUUUGUGUUAGUGAGCUGCUUGAUAGCGGGCGUUUUGGCGCGUCCUGAGGCUGGCUACACCUAUAAUGGAUUACUGCAGAAUUCCGCCUCAUUGCAACAGCAAUUGCCCUCCGAGCAUGCUUUUGCCAAUUUCGCCGCCCCACCACCGACCACUUAUGGCACUCCUCUCUCCGCGGAGCCCGCUUUGAACAACAUUGAACAGCCUGUCGAAGCAACCGCACCCGAAGAUGUCAAUCAACAGCAAUACCAGGCACCUCAACCACUGCCACUUGAUCAGCAGGAUUCCUACAAUGCCGCCUACCAACAGUCGAGCAUAUCACAAGAUGGCGGUUACGCUUACGCACCACAGCCCACCACAGUUCACAAACAUGUUUACGUGCAUGUGCCACCCAAGGACUUCGAGGAUGAGGAUGUGAUCGAGACACGCGUGCGUCAUGCGCCAGCUGCCAAGCAAAAGCACUACAAGAUCGUCUUCAUUAAGGCACCAGCACCACCAUCCAUUCGCCCACCAGUUGUGCCACCACCACCACAAAACGAAGAGAAGACACUCAUUUAUGUGUUGCACAAGAAACCCGAAGCCACCAAGGAUAUUGUUAUACCGACUGCUGCGCCAACCAAACCCUCCAAACCAGAAGUCUACUUCAUCAAGUACAAGACCAAGAAGGAGGAAGCACCCGUUUAUGGUCCACCACCACAACAUCAACAACAACCCCAGCAGAAUGACAACAUCAACGACAAUGGCAACGGCAACGGCAACAACAUUAUCCCUGUCGAUAUGGAUCCUCGUCAUGCUGAUGUGCCUGCCGGCGAGUAUGGUGCUCCUGCAGCUGAUGACUUCUCUGCUGAUCUCACUGCGCCACUCACCACCAUUCAGCCCGCAUUGGAAUCGGAGCAGCCGCAAUCGCUCGACCAGCAACCACAGUUCGUAAACGAUCUGCCGGCCGAUGCUUUUGAUUUGCCAACUGCUUUGCCCUUCGCCGCUGGCGAUCAGCCACAGCCCACCAUUCAGGCACCAAGCAACCAAUAUUUGGCACCUGAAUCCAUGGCGCCCAUCGUGGUGGAAGAGCCCACACACUUGCCAUCGUCCAACUACGGACCACCCAGCAAUCGCUUCUUCUUGAAGAAGAAGUAAACGGUGCUUGUUAUUAAGUAAUAAGAGCGGAGAGGAGCUCCAACAACUAGUAAAAUUCCACAAACAUAUUUAGCAUAAUAGUCAUUGGAAGCGAAAAAGGAGGAAAGUAGGACUCUGUUCAUCAGUUGGCCAUACACACAUACACCCACACAUACGCGUCAACAUACAGCACAUGUUAAACUCAAAUUGCACUCAUACAUACAUACGCGUUAAAUAAUUUUGUUUGAUUUUGUUUUA